GCAGGCGCAAAGGACUCCCUUCCGGGUCCAAGCGUCGCGCUUCUCAGAAAAUCCUUUGGAUUUCCAGAGUGGCAAUGGCAACCUAUAGUCUGGCAAACGAGCGACUACGCGUCCUGGAAGACAUCGAACGAGAAAUCGGAGCGAUUCUUCAGAAUGCAGGUUCGGGAUACGGCGACCGGAAGCCAGAGAGUACCGUGAUCCUGGAACUUUCCAAGGAAAAAACCAAUGAGCGGCUUCUGGACCGGCAAGCGGCGGCUUUCACGGCGUCGGUGCAACAUGUAGAGGCGGAGCUCUCGGCUCAGAUCCGCUACCUAACCCAGGUGGCCACAGGGCAGCCCCAUGAGGGCUCCAGCUAUUCUUCAAGGAAGGACUGUCAGAUGGCCCUGAAGCGAGUGGACUAUGCUCGCCUCAAGCUCAGUGAUGUGGCCCGAACCUGUGAGCAGAUGCUGGAAAACUAAUCCAAGCAGGUAGAGAAACAGCUUGGAAAGAGACCACCACCUGCACCCCAGGACAGAUCCUGGAGAACCGUAGGAUGGGGAGCACAGGCAGCUGUGCAUGCCCUGCUGGUUAGAAUAUAGGAGGACAAUGAGGUAAAAGGUGGGAAUGGAGAAAUUUAAAGACCAAGCCUGCCCGCAACGUUACACUGGCUCCUCCAGCCCGGUGCUCCUGUUCCGCAUGCAUUUCACAGAAGCGCUAACAAGCUCAGACAGGAGAUGGAGAUUCAGACACCCAACCCACUUCCUCAUAUAUUUCAUGUCCUACUCCCAGGCUCCCACAGACUUGUACAUUCUUCUUCAUUGGAAGAGAUAAAAGAAGAACUAAGGGUUUUAAUAAUAAAAACAGUAACAAUAAAAACAA